GUGACGCAAUCACGUUGCGUCUCUGCCGGACGUAGCGUACGCAGAACGUGUAAACAACGAGCAGGCCAACAGGGCGACGUUCUUGUUGCUUUUUUCUACCUCAGCCGCCGUCUUUUAGUUAACCACACAGUAUUUAUUCUACUGUACAGCUGUUCUUUCACGACUGAAAACUGACAGAGUCGGCUCAAGAUGUCGUACAUGCUGCCGCAUCUCCACAAUGGCUGGCAGGUGGACCAAGCCAUCCUGUCCGAGGAGGACCGGGUCCUGGUGAUCCGCUUCGGCCACGACUGGGACCCGACGUGCAUGAAGAUGGACGAGGUCCUUUACAGCAUAGCCGAGAAGGUGAAGAACUUUGCGGUCAUUUACCUGGUGGACAUCACAGAGGUGCCGGACUUCAACAAGAUGUACGAGUUGUACGACCCCUGCACUGUCAUGUUCUUCUUCAGGAACAAGCACAUCAUGAUUGAUUUGGGCACUGGCAACAACAAUAAGAUCAACUGGACUAUGGAGGACAAGCAGGAAAUGAUAGACAUUGUAGAAACUGUGUAUCGAGGCGCAAGGAAAGGAAGAGGUCUGGUGGUGUCGCCUAAGGAUUACUCUACAAAGUACAGAUAUUGAUUUUUAUUUCCACCCUCUUUUUGUGGAGUCUAGUUGUGUUCCUGAUAUUUUGUGGCAUGUGGUUGCAGCAAAGACUAUAAGUUGCCGACGUCAAGGAAGAUUCUCUUGAUUCUUUGUUUUUUUUAAGUUUUUUUGUUCUCAGCCUUCUUGAUCACCAGUGAGACCGGACAGUUUUCUAAUUUUAUGAAUAAACAUUAUAACUGUGACAUAU